AGGGCUGCUUGAGUCAUGUGACCGGGAGGGAGGAAGAUGGCUGCGGAAGCUCCGGUGGAUUUCGCGGCCCUGCAGAGCUUGCUGAAGGCCUCCUCGAAAGAUGUCGUCAGACAGCUGUGCCAAGAGAGCUUUUCCACUUCAGCCCUUGGCUCAAAGAAACUGCUGGACAUCACUUGUUCCAGCUUGUCCGUGACCCAGGAGGAAGCCGAUCAACUGAUCCGUGCCCUGCACCGCCUCACCAGGCUGGUGGCCUACCAGGACCUGACUGCUGGUGAGGAGAUUCUUGCUCUGUUCCCUGAAAACUUCCACCAAAACCUCAAAAACCUGUUGACAAAAAUCAUCAUGGAACACGUGCCUGCAUGGAGAAAGGAGGCCCAAGCCAAUCAAAUCUCCUUGCCUCGACUGGUUGACUUGGACUGGAGAGUAGAUGUCAAGAUGGCCUCAGACAGCAUCACCCGAAUGGCCGUGCCCACCUGCCUGCUCCAGAUGAAGAUCCAGGAGGAUGCCAGCCUGUGUGGGGACAAGCCCGCGAUCUCAGCUGUCACCAUGGAGCUGAGCAAAGAAACUUUGGACACCAUGUUAGAUGGCUUGGGCCGGAUCCGGGACCAGCUCUCAGCUGUGGCCAAUAAGUGACCAUCAUUCAUGCUGGUGCCCCUGCUGGCCCCUGACUCGAAGGGGAUCGUCGGAGAGCACCUGGGGUGCCCAUGCUGGGUGGGGCUCACCAGGUGUGGUGCUAACCAGAAGGAGCAUGGACCGGUAAGGGGCACUUCUUCACUUAUCCUCUUUCAUCGGUCUUCCUUUUUUUCCCUUGUUUUCUCCUUUGGAUUGAUGACCAAAGGUCUCUCAUCUCCCAGAGGCUUCCUGUGCUCAUUGUCAUUGCAACGGCAGCAUUGAGGGAGGGAACAAGGGCUGUGCCAGCUGCUGGGACGAUAAUGUCCUCCUAGAAUUUGGGAAGGCAUCGCAUCGGGUGAGAGAGACAGUUCCCACUCAGAGGCCCCUCCCACCCCCUCCAGUUCCAAGUCUCAGAAUGGGCUUCCUCUAAUCCUAGAUAAAGGCCAGAAGAGUGGGACCCUUGGGCCACCCCCUGUGCCCAUGCAGGCCGAGCCCAGGGGCAAAGCCUCUCCAGCAGGGCUCACCUCAGGGCAGCAUCAGAACUGGUGCUGGGGGCCGGGGGCUGGGGGCGAGCCUGGGGCUCUUGUCUGUGAUCAGAACAGGCAGAUCUCGCCACUGUUGGGAAGACAGUUGGAAAUAAACAUGAGUGCUAAAAGUU